AUGAAGAUCAGCAAGACUGCAGAGCUGGGGAUUCUCGCAGAAACCGGUCUGGAGGGAAACACUGAAUUAACUCCUGCAGGAGAAACUAAAGGAGACGAAGACAAGAAAAAGAAGAAAGACAAAGAUGCAGCUGCAAUCACUUCAGACAGCGAGAAUGACAAGAAGAAGAAGAAGAAGAAAAAGAAAAAGAAACACAGAAAGAAGCUGAAGAAGGACAAGAAAAGGAAGAAGAAAAAGAAGAAGAAGAAGGACUCCAGCUCAUCUUCCUCCUCAGACAGUGAGGAUGACCACAAGAAGAAAAAGAAGAAGAAAAAGAAGACCAAGAAGAGGAAGAAGAAGAAGGAAUCAAGCAGUUCUUCCUCUGACAGCUCCAGUGAUGAUGAGAAGAAGAAGAAAAAGAAGAAGAAAGACAAAAAGAAGAAAAAGAAGAAAAAGGAAAAGAAGGAUUCAGGAGGUGACUCGGCAUCGGCUGCAGAGAAAGAGGAGAAGGAGCUUGAACUCAAACACGAGGAUGGAAAGCUCACAGAAGACACAUCUUCAUCUGCACUUCCUGUGGCGUCUGCGGGUUUGACCGUUGUCAGGGACGACGGUCUCCUGUCUGAUGAUGAGGCCGAGGGAGCAGACGACAAGCAGAAAGACAAAAAGAAGAAAACAAAGAAAAAGAAGAAGAAGGAAUGCGGUUCCUCCUCUUCAUCGGACAGUUCUUCAGACAGUGACGAUGACAAGAAGAAGAAAAAGAGGAAGAAACCCAAGAAAAAGAAAAAGAAGAAAGAUAAAGACUCCAGCUCCUCUUCUUCAUCCGACAGCAGCUCCUCAUCCUCCUCCUCAGACAGCGACAGUGACAAGAAAAAGAAGAAGAAGAAGAAGAAGAAAGUGAAGAAGGAUUCAUCUUCAUCAUCGAGUAGCUGUUCAUCAUCAUCUGACAGUGAUGAUGACAAGAAGAAGAAGAAGAAAAAGAAGAAGAAGAAGAAGAAGAAGAAGAAAGUAAAGGAUUCUUCUUCAUCUUCGUCAUCAAGUAGCUCCUCCUCUUCUUCUGACAGUGAUGAUGAGAAGAAGAAGAAGAAGAAGAAGAAGAAGAAGAAGAAGAAAAAGAAAAAGAAGCAUAAGAAAAAGGAGUCCAGCUCCUCUUCAUCAUCCAACAGCAGCUCCUCGUCCUCCUCCUCAGACAGCGAUGAUGACAAGAAGAAGAAGAAGAAGAAGAAGAAAAGUGAAAAGGACAAGAAAAAGAAGAAAGACAAGAAGAGUAAAAAGGACUCAGGAAAGUCUUCAGGAUCAGAAAACCAUGACGACAAGCAUAAGAAAGCCAUAUCAGAUGAUAAGCACGGAGAAAACUCCUCGCUGAAGACUGAAGGAGGGUCAGGGGGUUCGGGGUCAUUCGGCUCGAGAGAAUUCAGCUGUGGAACUUGUGGCUCUCAGAUUUCUUCAUCUCUAGUUUACUCCAGCCUGCCUUCUGAAAGCCUGAGCCACACAGAGAGCAGCAGCGCCCCCCGCAGGCCUCUGUCUGCCAUCGAGAGCCUGAUGGGAUAUCCUCAGAGAAACACGCUGGAGACCGACAGAGCCACGAGCAGCAGAUACACCUCACACUUCACAUCAUGAGAAACACUUACACAACAGUGCCAUAGCAGUACCAUGUUUUGAGAGGCUUUAGAGUGCUGCAGUGAUGACGUUUGUUUGUAAGACUCCUGCAUGAUUCUUACAUCACAUCUGUGUCCCUGCAGCACAGAAGCAGUCAUCAGUAUCACAAGUAUAUUUGUAGCAAUAGACAACAACACAUUGUAUGGGUCAAAAUUAAACAUUUUUUUAUGCUAAAAAUCAUUAGGCUAUUAAGAUCAUGUUCCAAGAAGAUAUAUUUUGUAAAUUUCCUAACCUAAGUAUAUCAAAACUUAAUUUUUCAUUAGUAAUAUGCAUUGCUAAGAAGUUCAUUUGGACAAC